AUGGACCCACUUUGGCUUGGUGAUAUCUGCUCAGCAGGGUGCUCAGCUUAUUUUGCAAGGUGCCAGUGGAAGAUCGCUUCGAUCCUGAAUAAGGUGGCAUGGCGUCGAGAUGUUUGUCGAGUGUCUCGAAUGCACCCGCGAAGCAGUAUAAUGGAGACCGACGAGAGUGACCUGGGCUCAGCGGAGUGGUGGUGUAGCCAUCACGCCCCUGUAGCAGUUCAGCAGCGGCGUUCAUCUCCAAAGCCUGUGCAUGAGGUUGGAGACGGCGCAGGAAGUGAUGGGGCGGAUCCGAAGCCGAGCUCACUUUUGGAGCAUUGGCCUCAGAAGCAGAUAGAAGUUGGCAAGAUAGAAGAUGAGGCAGUUUCUGUCAGGUCUCUAUCCCAUCUUCUCUUUCAAAGCCUGAGUGUGCAUUGUGUGCACAUCAGAAGAUGGGUCGCCCAGGUCGCCCGAGUGGAUCUGCACCUCCCUCGUAGUGGUCUUUUUCCAGAUGUCUUCAGAUCUGGAAGGGAUGCCCUUGCCGAUCAACAUCCAGGCUUGGCAUGCAGCUUUAGCAUUUUGCAGGGAAUAUCAAGGAAUGAUGUGCAGGCAGAUAGGCGUGGCGUGCAUGUUGGGUUGAAUUCGCUUUGUGCCUUAAGCGAAGCUAGAGCUAAGUGGCUACAAGAGGCCGAGGACCUCAUUGAGUUUAGUCCAAUUUCACCGGUUGAUCUUUUUGCUGCAGAGACGGAAUCGGAUGUUGGUUUUCAAAAUCGCUGGACUGAAUUUGGAGACUAUGACUUUAACUAUCAACCUGGAGGUGCCUCUGACCCGUUUGCGACAGCUGGACGUAGGUUGAACAGUUUUGGGACUUCUGGUGACACAGCCUGGCAGCCACCUCAGAAACAGACGCGGCAUUUUGUUGCACCUGGUUUUCAAAAGGCUGUCUCAUUGUGGCAACCGCCUCCAGCAGUCCGUAAGUCGAGAGCUUCACUGGAUUUUCAUGUGCAGCCUGUGGCGCAAUCACAUCAUUUGUCAUCACCUGUGAUCUUGUCUUCCAGGGUCAUGUGUGCGGACAUGCCAGUGGUACGAACUCCAUUGGCACCUCCCUCCCAGCAGGGUCCAUCCCAGUCUAUGCAGCAGGCGUGGUCAGCGGCUAAGCAGGACCUGAAUGCACAGUGGUUGGAAUUGCUACUGGAUAUGGGGUCAGCUAGCGGUCUCUACCUGUCUACUGCCAAUUCAAGGAACAUGGAUGAACACAGACUGCGGGUUAUAUCAAAGUUUGCUCCAUCGACCUUACAAUCAUACUUUCGCAUUUGGAAGCGAUGGAAUGAAUUCGCACGUCAGUUGGCUGUGUGUCCAUUUCAACCUGACUCGGCCUUCCUGGCGGAUUUUUUGGCAGAGCAUGCGCAUGGACCUUUGCUUGUGGCCACUGCCUAUCACAAAGGCCUCACAUGGAUGGCACGACAUGCUCAACUGUCAGAACUGUUUCAGGCCCUGCAGACCGCUGUGUGCAAGGCCUAUCUGCAGUCCUCGGUCAUCAGGGAGAAACGUGAGUCUGCACCUCUGCCAUUGUCAUUUGUGGUUUUCUUAGAGAAGAUGGUUUUAUCUAGGACUACAUCAGCUGGUGACAUCUUGCAGUUGGGUGCCUUGCUUUUUCUGAUAUGGAGCAGCUUGAGAUGGUCAGAUGCACUGUGGGUGGACCCGAACUCACUGACAAUUCAGCAGCAUGCAGUUUUUGCAAUGGCAUCUCAUACCAAGACGACCAACAGGGGCAUGCCCAUUGCAUGCUACGCAUUUGGUCUUUUGGGCCAUCAUGGGACUACGUGCUGGGCUCAGCAUUGGAUGAAUGUGAUUCAACAGGCAAUGCAUGACACCCAGCAGCUCUAUCCUUCAUUUGCAGUGGAUUUUUUACUGACUGAAGUGGGUCCAGACAUGUGUAAGCCCAUGUUCUUGCGCCCCAUGCCACGGGACAGAGGAUUGCAACUGUUGCGUUACUGGAUGUGCAAAUGCCAUGAAUCUUACCAAGUGAAGGCUCAACCCACUGAUUUUCACCUUUUGGGCACGCACUCCUGCAAGACUACAUUGUUAUGCUGGUCACAACAGUUGCAAUUGCCAUUGGAACAGCGACAGCUCCAAGGGCACCAUCGAUCAGCGGUCAAUGGAUCAGUUGCGUUAUACAGUCGCAAUGACACACUGCCUGCGUUGACGCUUCAAUGCACGGUGGCACAAAGGAUUGCUGAGGGCUUUCGCCCACUUCGCCCAAUGUUGCGCGGUGGGGCACCAUCCCUGCCUGAUUUCAAUCUGCAGCUGCCCCCAUGGAAGCCCCUGGCAUUUCAGUUGGAUUCCAAGCCUACUGCACCAGACACGAUGCAGGUCCAGGCCGACGAGGCUCCAGACCAACCAGUGCAAUCAGAUUCAGAGGAGUCAGAUGCUUCGGAAGAGUCGGCCAUUGACGACGAGCUUCCUGACAAGCUUGCUGCUGCUCCUGAAGAGAUGGCCUUUUUGGUGAACCCCAUCACGAAGGUUGCACACUUAGCCAUUCAGUGUGACCGCUCUGACCGAGCUGUGUGUUAUGAAGACGCAACUUUGACACCGUUCCGAACGGGUUGUGGGGCCCGUCCAAAUGCCAUUUCCGGUGACUUGCAGUUCACCCAUUGCCUUCCAGAAGGUGCGCGCUUGUGCCUCCGUCGAGCAUGUGCCAAGAUUAUGUCACAUGUUGCUUGA